UCAAAAUGGCUGCCUUCAGUGGCAGUAGUAAAACGUCGGCUAUCUCAAAAGCUGAGUACCUGAAACGUUACUUGUCUGGAGAUGGAGACGCCAAAAAAUCCAAAGAACAUAAAGUUAAAAAGAAACGAAUCAAAACUGUCCGGACGGGGAUGAAAAUUGUGGAUGACGACGUUCACUGGAAGCAGCUCAUAAACACAGAAGAAAAGGAGAAUCUUGAGGAGGAUGAAGAAGAGGCGCCCGUGGUAGCCGAGGUGAUAGAUGAACGCCCAGAAGAAGUCAAGCGCCUGGAAGAAUUUAGAACCAGCCACAAGUGGAGAACGGUCGGAGCUUCAAAUGAAGAUUCCCAGGACUCUCAAGAAUUCCAGUGCUCAACAAUUAGCUCAGGAAGUGAUUCUCGACAGCAGGCAGACCAGUCAUCAAGGCGAGAAAGGCACGAUUCUCCUGACAUUUCACCGAAGAGGAAGAUUCGCCACGACUCGCCAGACUUCUCCCCACCAAGAAAACAGCGCCACGAUUCACCCGACCUUUCACCUGUGAGAACAAGGCAGCUUGAUUCACCUGACCUGUCCCCCCAAAGACAAAAGGCACAACCAAAAAAAGGGCGACAUGAUUCCUCUUCACCGUCCCCUCCACGAAAGAGCCACCAUAGCUCCAGGGUGCCAAAACAUGGAAGCAGAGACUCUUCCCCUUCUAGAAGGAAAUCCAAGGCAAUGGGGUCAAGCAGGUGGCAAAACGACUCGGAUGCAGACCUGUCUCCUCCGAGGCAUCCUUCUCGCCGAUCUCCGGGCUCUGACCUCUCUCCCCCAAGGAAGCGGUCACAGGGGAAGAGCAGGGGCUCAGAUUCUGACCUCUCGCCUCCCAGGAAGCGGCCACAGGAAGACCGGGCCUCCGACGCCGACCUCUCUCCUCCCCGGAGGGUCUCUCGACGUUCCCCUGAUACCCAAACAGCUCCGCGGAUGCUGUCAGGAGGAUCUGCAGGCCUGGUUUCUCUAGACAUCUUGAGGAAGGAGCAGGAAGAGAUCCGCAGGCGAGAGAGGAACAACCAGCCCCUGGAAGAGGAGUCCCGCAACGCUCAGACGGUGUUCAGAGACAAGUCAGGGAAGAGGCGGGACAUUGAGCUGGAGCGGGAGGAGCAGCGCAGGAAGGCUGGGGAGAAGGCAGAGAAAGAGGAAAAAUACGCCCAGUGGGGGAAGGGGUUGGCGCAGGGCCAGAUGCAGCAGCAGAACCUGGAGGAUGCCCUGCGGGAGGCACAGAAGCCCCUGGCGCGACACAUCGACGACGAGGACCUGGACCGGCUGCUGAGGGAGCAGGAGAGGGAGGGCGACCCCAUGGCGGCCCUGCUGCGCAAGAAGAAGGAGAAGGACUCGCAACGCAAAGGGGUCAAAGAGCGACCUCGUUACAUGGGACCACCACCACCCCCAAACAGAUUUAACAUCAUGCCUGGGUACCGCUGGGAUGGAGUGGACAGGUCCAAUGGUUUUGAGCAGCGGCGGUAUAACCGGAUGGCAGAUAAGAAGGCAGUGCAGGAGGUGGCUUACAAGUGGAGCGUGGAGGACAUGUAGACACACAUGGACCAGACUGAACUUGACCACAGCAGGCUCAAUCAGCCAUGUCCACUACAGUACACCUGAGACUAGUAGGGAGCAUUAGCAGCCCAGGACAGUGCUCUGAUUUUACAGGGCAUUUAAACUGAGUUUCCAUGGACUCAGAGAUGCCAUCAUUUACCUGGUUUCUUUGGCAUGUUAAUCCUAGGACAUUUGUUUAUGGACAGAAACUAGCAGACAUCAAAGAUGCAGGGUUAUUUUUUUUUUCAGGUUUGUUUGUAGUUUUAUAUGAAAUCAUGUCACGAAGAGCAACCUUUAAUAGAAAUACUUUGUACCCUGUUGUCGGUACUCUUAAUAUUUUAAAUGUUUCUCUUUUUUUCCCCUCGGUGUCACACACGUAUUUUAUUUUUGUCAAAUGGGAAUCAGCAGACCAAGGGAUGGUUUUCGGUUUUUGUCCAAAAAUGGAUACCACAAGCUGACCAGAUGACUUGUC